CACUCGCGGGCGCAGACUGAUGACGCAGAGCGCGCGCGGGGCGUUUCAGCCACUGGAGUAGUGGGCUGAGGAAAGGUUUUGGAGUCUGGCCUUGCGACGAUCAGGUAGAUGCAACUGAGCUGCCAGGUAACAAUUUCAAGAUGCCAGGGCGUUCCAGUACAAAUUCAGGUUCCACUCGUUACAUAUCCUUCAGUGGUGUGGAGUCCGCUCUCUCCUCCUUAAAAAACUUCCAAGCCUGCAUCAGCUCUGCAAUGGACACAGUUUCUAGUGUUGCCCUGGACCUUGUGGAGACUCAGACUGAAGUGAGCAGUGAAUACAGUAUGGAUAGGGCCAUGGUUGAAUUUGCUAAAAUGGAUCGAGAGCUAAACCAUUAUGUUAAGGCUCUCCAGUCUACGAUAAAUCACGUAAAAGAAGAACGUCCAGAAAAAGUGCCAGAUUUAAAAUUACUAGUGGAGAAGAAAUUUUUGGCUUUGCAGGAUAAGAAUUCUGAUGCUGACUUUAAAGACAAUGAAAAGUUUGUGCAGUAUAAGCAGCAGCUGAGGGAGCUGAAGAAGCAAUACGGUCUGCAUGCAGACAGAGAGAAUGGCUGCACAGAAGGAAUUGAUGAAGAUAUGAUUGUGACCCAGAGCCAGACCAAUCUCAUCUGCCCCAUAACACAGCUGGAAAUGAAGAAGCCAGUGAAAAAUAAAGUGUGCGGUCACACCUACGAAGAGGAAGCCAUUGUUCGCAUGAUCGAGUCCAAGCACAAGAGGAAGAAGAAGGCCUGGACCACGGCCCUGUGCCUGUGACGAGAGUCCUCAGUGGGCCACACUGGAGCUGACUGGUUUUGGCAUCUCCUGAGCUCUUAUCGCAGGAAUGGAAUGGCAGGUGUGACCGUUCUCAGGCUCUGAUAGCAGGUCCCUUUGAUGUGUGCUUUGCUUCUGCAUCAUCCAGACCAAGAAUCGGAAUUCCCCUCCCCUCCCCAUGUGGGUGUGGGCUGAGAAAUAGCUCCUAGAGACUGGAGAAGCUCCUUGGCCAUUCAGUCAAGUAAUUUACAGGAUUUAUUCUAGAAGAAAAGUUGUUUUGCAGCCUAAUGGCUGCCUAACGUAGACCAUUAGUUCAUCUCUAUCUAGCUGUUUUGCAUUUCCGCCUCACAGUCCAAAUGUGGAAUUUCCCUAAUGACCUUGACAUUUUCCAUUUGAGCGUAAUUUUGUUACUGGACUUCCAAGCCUUCCCUUUCCACUAAUUUCUUCCUGGUGUUCCUUCUCACAAGCCAGGAAGGGUCACUGUGCCCACUACGAAUGCCUCCUAGCUCGCCAUCUUUUCCCUUCUGAUCAUGUGUGAUGCUCUCCUCAUGUUGGGGGUGGAAAGGGCCGGAGACUACAAGGCAUGGUUCCAUUUCCCACCAGCAGUCUCAGGGCCGGCGGCAGAACAUUCCCACACGUCAGUGGCCCUUCCAAGUAUCCACUCCGACUUUCCAGCGCCCUUUGCCUGUUCUGAAUUGCUCACAGUACUUGCAAGCACUUAGCACUUGUCAUCCAGAGAUGCCUUCUUUGCACGUCACGCUUCCAUGGUUAGGGUGGCAGAUACCGUACCACAAGGUUUUGUAGUCUAAUAGUCACCAUUAAGUUCAAGUGGAAGAAGGCUAGAGGUUUAUAAUGAUGACGUUCUUACCAGGCCUGAUGCCAGGGAACGGUGAGGGAGUGCUUGUAGGCCAGUCCUCCUAAUGUUUUUCCAUUGGUCACCCCUUUUUACUAGGUCAGAUGUUCCCCCUUUUCUCCUUUCCAUGUGUAUAUGUGUGUGAUGUGUUUGCAUGUACGUGUAUUCACAUGUAUGGGUGUACAUGUGGAGGGGUAUGCAUGUACAUUAUGUGCACAUACAUGUAGAGGCCCAGUGUUGCUUUCAGGGAUCUUCCUUGGUUUCUCUUCCACCUUCCUCUUAGAGGUAGGGUCUCUGAAACCCCAAGCUUGCAGAUACAGGUUGGUCUUACUAGCCAGAGUGCCCCCCUGGAGAUCCCUGUCCCUCUUUCUGAGUUUGGAAUUAUAGGCAUGGCACCAUGGGCUCCAGGGAUCUGCCCUCUGGUCCUCCUAUUUGCACAGCAAGUGAUCUAACCACUGAGCCAUUCCACCAGCCCACUCAGCCCUGACUAUAUAGAUAUAUAAAGUACACAAAUUAAACAUUUGCUAACAAUAAAUUAUAAACAAACUUAUCCUAAAAGAGCUCUGCAAUCUGUAAUAUAUAUAUAUAUAUAUAUUACAUUUAUUAAAGGUAAAAGCAAAUCUAUAUACUAAUGAGAUAGAUGUGUCUGAGUUUACAUAAAGAUAAAUAUUGACUGAAUAGUUGAUACUGCAGAAUAGAGUAUGUUUUUCAGCUGAUUAGAACCUUUGAGUUUCUAAUUGUCAAUGCUGAGAACACCAUAAAUACAUAGUACAAAAAUUGGUGGAACUAUGUUUACAGCCAUUUUAGAAACUGUUGGAAAUUUUGUUCUAAUUCCAAGCCAAAAUUCAUUUUACAAUUUUUUAUGAAAUCUAAUUCAGUAACUCACCACAGUUUGUAAAAUCAAACAUUCUACUACAUUACAAUGCAAAGAUACAGUGAUCUACUCCAGUCUGUGGAAUAGUCGUAGGAAAAUACUGUCUUUUCUGCUGUUAAAUCGUUGUUUCUAUAAGAGCAGAAAACAUGUACAGAAAAGAAAAAAACACAGCAAUUUGUAAGACACAGUUGUCUCGAAUCUGAGCUGAGGUUUUCCUUGGCGCUGUGUGGUGUGACAGGAAUCACGGCAGAGUGCACUCAAGUGUUCAGAACCAAAGCUACGAUGACGCUGUGUGGCGCAGCGUGGAUGUGCAUGCGCAGCAGAGAGAUGGCCCCGCAGUUAAAGCACUAGCCGCUCUUCCACAGGACCCGAGUUCAGUUCUCACACCCACCUGAAGCUCUAGCUCUCAGUGGUCCCACAUCCUCUUCUGGCUUUUGUACCAGCAUGGCCAUGGUGCAACAGACAUACCUGCAGGCAAACCUUAUAGACAUAGAAAAUAGCAAAAUAAUUUUUAACUGUCUUGUUUGGGUUUUUGUUUGAUUCUCCUUUUUUGUUUCUGGUUUGGUUUGGUUUUAGUUUUUGAGACAGUCUCCCUAUGUAGCCCUGGCUGUCCUAGAACUCACUGUGUAGUCCACACUGGCCUUGAACUCCCAGCAAUCCACCUGCCCCUGCCGAUUGAGCACUUGGAUUAAAGGCAUAUGCCUCCACACCCAUCAAAAGCUAGGUCCUUAACAAGAGCCUCACCGCAUCUGGCCAGCUUUCCCUAGGUGGGCAGUUCAUGUGAUGGUGGUUACUGUUGGUGGCGGGGAAAUGGAGUGAGUCCAUAGAUGAUAGAGCAGCAGAUAGGCCGGAGAUCUAUGACAGAGGCCAAGAACGUCAGCUUCAUUGUUUUCCUCCUCUGUAAAUGGACAGUAGUCAGUGUAGCUUUCUCAUCGGUGCAUUUGAAACUUGAAUAAGAUAUUUGUAAAGUAGCUAAAGCACCAAGCACACACACAGUGAGGCUCGGUAACCGUGCCCCUUAAUCAUCGUCUCCAAGCUUUGGCUAGCAUUCACUAGCGCCUGCCAGCCUUACCCCAUAGGCACAGGAGACCUUGUUAAAAAAAAGGGGGGGGGGCAUUAAGAGGAGCCAUCCUGGAGUUGAGGAAGUUACCCCAGAAGCAGUGCAGGGGACAGGCCUGUGCUGCUGCCCCUUCACGGGCUCUCUCACAGAGGAGGAGCACAUACCUGGGGUGUGCAGCGCCCCUGACGAAUGUGGCAGCGGACUGAAAGUGGGGGAGCAGAAAGAGGGGGUGAUGGUUGCCGUUUCUGUUGAGUGUCCAGACUCAGCUGCUAGCUGCCGCUGGUCUAGAGAGAUAGAGAAGAAAGAAACUGUCUAGAAGGACUUCUUAGGGGCCAAGUUCAGGCCAUCCAAGUCUGAGAUCACAGCGGUACAGCUACUUAAACAAAUCAGAGGCACAGGCAUGUGAGCUCUGUCCUGAGAAGGUGACUGAGGUGGCCAUAACAGUUAUGUGGCUCUGAGUAUAAAGGCGGGGCAACUGUCACUGUUUGCGACACAGCUCUGGAGAGGCAAGCUAGACAGAGCCCUGGCCUGGAAAGAGGUCUCACCAUGGCCCCUCAGCACCCGGCUUAGAUCCUGCAGUCAGCUCCAAACAGUUUCUUGUUCAUCAGUUACAGCGCCAGAGGUAGAAGCCCCUGUGGGAAGCAGCCUAAACCACACCCAAGUUGAGAGGUGCUACAGUCCCAGGAACCAGUGUCAAAUGCGGGGCACACGUGGCGUCUGUACACAGCUUGCUCCCAUAGGUUUCUGAUUCAGCACGCAGUGUUGCCAUUUCCCAUGAAGCGGUAUUUAAGAAAUGUCUGCGACAUAUCCUGUUGGAGAACUCUUUCUCCUGUUCCAAUUAUGUUACGUUACUGGAGUCCCGGGCACACUGUGUUACUGGGUACCAUCUGAACUUUCCCAGCAUGCUUCAGUCCCUGGAGAGCUCGCCACUGACUUGAGGCGGAAUAUUCUUGUGGAGCUUUUCACCCUAAGUAUAUUGUUAGAUUUGUUUCCUAAAAUAUUCCUCUUAAUCAUAAAGCUAUUAUCUCACAAGUAAAGCUGCCUGCUGAUUUUCAUGGUAAUAAGCUGUGGCUGAUUUUGACCCCAGAUGUUUGUUUUGGUUUUCUCGUACUGAGCCGGAUCCUCAGCAGUCAUUCAAAGUAUGUCAGGCAAUGUGAAGUGAGCAGAAGUGUGUGAUGUCAAAGCAGAAUUCCCUUAGCAGCCAGUCACUGGGCCUCUCAAGCAGAUUCUUUAUCUCUCGAGUGGAAAUAACGUCAUCAGCUCAAAAUUCCUGGGACUCGAGAGCUGACAGGGAAUUCCUUCCAGAUCUGUCCUAACACAUCUCUGGGCUGUGGAGAAGACAGGGAGCCAGCUCCUUCAGGCUCAAGCUCAUCGGCAAAACUCACAUUCAAAGUGCCAAGUUUGACCGGGCAUGUAUUAUCCCAGCACUGCGGGGAGGGGUAGAAACAGGCAGCCCGGGGCACAGUGGCCGGCCAGCCUAGUGUAUACUUAGCAAGCUCUAGGCCAUGAAGGACCCUGUCUCAAAAAUAAAUAAAUGUGCUCGUACCCGAGGACGGCUGAGGAUGUCCUCUGACCUCCACUGCAUGCACACGUGCACACACGCGCACAGCGGCAUAUACACCUGACGGGAAGCCUGCUGGUGGACAGCGUGAGCAAACAGCUGUGGGGCACAUACGGCUGCCAGUCAUCUCACUUCUCUCGCUGCUCUGGGACACACCACCCUGGACUCGAGGGCAUGGGACAGUUGCUCCUGUGUGUAGGUAUGACAGGAAUCCGCCCAGCUCUUGCUGCCAGAGGUAUCUGUACACCCACUUCCUGGAGCUUAGGGAUCAGACCCUAGCGUUCUUAGGACCCAGAUCUGAGCCCCUUGCGACUCAUGUGGUGUGAUCAUAAGCUGAGACUGGGGGCCAGAUUCCCACAGCACCUUGGGGCCCUCUGCACCCUGAGGCCUUUCCUUAGUAGACACUGAAGUGUGCCCCACGCUGUUAAGGAAUGCGCUGCCCUGUGGUUGACCCAGGCUCGGGAUCAGCCUCUCCUUCCAGGCCUGUGGGUCUGAGCCCUUCAAGGAGAUGAUACGGGAGCUGAUGCUGCCACACCUGACUUGCUCACCAGGAUGUCCUGGGGAUUACGGCCUAAUGCUUGGGUUGUGUUGUUUCUCAGAGCAGGAGUGCCCUGAUUCAGGCCCGUGGCAUCAUGGCCUUUUCUUGGCCUUUUUAGUUUAAAAAACUUGUUUGUUUCUGUGGGGUGGGGUGGGAGAUGAGGCUGUCCCCUUGUUCCUGUGCUGGCCUCACCUCCAGGAAGUCUCCCCAGAGAUACAUUCAUGCUGUUGAGUGGUUUGCACCCUGUCACUCGCUGAGCCAUCUUGUUUUGAGGAGAUGGGACUGGUAGCUAUGGUUUAGCAUAGCAGCGGCUGUGUGGUAAGGCCUGGGACAUAACCCUUUGCUUUGGCAUAAAGGGCCCACUUGAUUCUCACUGUGCCAGGGUGUCUUCAGAGAGACAAGCAACUCUGCUUCCCUCUGUCUGCAGGAAAAACCUUGUGUAGUAAUUUGAACAGUGUCAGUACCAGGGGAGCUGACUGCCAGGCUUUGCCACUUUUCUGGAGAUGCCUCACUGUGUAGCCCAGGCCAGCCUAGAACUUUCUGUGCGGUUCAGUCUGGUCUAGCACACUCGAUCCCUCUCUCUCAGCUCUUCCAUCUUCAAGUUGUGCCUUUGCCGUCAGGUCCCCUAGCCGCCCUUGGAGGGACUGCUUGGUUUGUGUCUCUGUCCCCAGAGCCUGUCUCUGCGUGACACAGAUCUCACUGAGCUCCAGCCCAUCCACAUAAGUGUGGGCGCCUCCUCUGCAGCCAAGUGGUGUGGUUCCUUCCAUCAGCCAUUCUCAGAAUGCCCUCAUUUACUGACUAAAGCCACUGAUGUCAUCAGGAAGUCCUCCCCCCCCCUCCACUUCCCUCCCCAGGGCUUACUCACUGUCUGGCAGAUGGAGAUAGACCUUGUUCUCAGGAGUCCGUGCUCCCAAGGCCUGGUAGUCACAAACAGAGCUCAGGGCUUUGCCCAUCAGGGAAGUUUACCUCCAAAAUGCCUGUUCUGCAUUUCCACAUCAGGGAAGCCUAGGGGGUGACAGUUCCCGGUUCUAAAACGAGUGUUGUGUGUGUGUGUGUGUCUGCAUCAUCUCAUACGUUGAGAUUUCAGAGCACAAGGGACAAGCUGGGGUGGGCAGCUAGGGCUACACAGCAAGACCCUAUCAAAACAACAACAACAACAAAAAACUCACAUGCCUGAAUGUACAGGGCACGUUCAGCAUUUCAAAAUUAAUUCCUGUCCUUCAGCUUACCAUCCAUUGCACCAAUGUGCUUUGAAGGCUCCUUAAUUCCAAUAUCAAGACCAAGAAAACCUUUUCUUUCCUAUGAUCUGAGGAAUUGUAGCUCUCAGGUCAGCUUUUCUUCCCUCUGCCUUUUACGUUUCUCCUGUGUUUGCUGGCUGUUUAGAGCCAUCUCAGGUCCUGGGGCCAAGCUUUGUGUGGUGGGCCAGAGCCAUGUUUGUACUUUGGGUUAGGUGGCCCUGCACUGAUCACACAGAAGUCCCCUGAAUGGGUGAAUGGUGCGUGUGUGCACUGGGUCUCUGUGAGUACAGACGGACCAGAUAACUUCCCGAGAGAUGGCAAAGUGGGGGAAGGUAUGGAGUACCUCAGGGGGCUGUGGCCAUGUGGAAUGGGGACCCAAGCUCAGAAAGUUUAUCUGGGCUACCAACCAGCAGCUGAUUGAGAGAAUUCAGGACGUACAUGAGCUUGAUUCCAAACACGGGGAGCCCAGCCCUGCUCAAAUCUUGUUCAUAGUAAAAAGAUCAGGUGACUCAGUCCAAAUACUGCCCUGGCUAAGGCCGAGCUGGCCCUUGAGCCCCACCCUUUUCUGGUGACUCACAUUCUUAAUUCCCCACCUCAGGCUCCUGGCCAGUCCCCCACGCCCCACUCAGUGUCCCCACUGAGAGGCCAAGUGGCAUUCAGAGGGACAUAGUCCAGGCAGGACUCCUGGCCCAUUCCUUCCCACCACACAACAGGGCCCUGCAGUCGCCCAUCUAUCUGUCUUCCCUUUCUUUAUCCGUCUUGACUUCCAUCCAUAGGUUCUGCAGGUCCCUCAUCCUCGUGUGUGCUAGAGUCUGUCUCUGCCAGGGCAUGCAACCCUUGCUGCACCUCUGGGACACCCAGGAGUUUUCUCUGCUUCAUUCAUCCCUCUGUCCUCUGUGAAGUAGCAUCACACCCCCAGCGCUAUCUGAGAAAGCUCCAGCGGGGGUUGGGGGGUGUUCUUUUCAUAGUUAAAAUGAGACCCAGGGCUAAGGAUGAUGCAGCUUAGUUGGUAGAGCAUUUGCCUGCCAUGCGUAAAGCCCGGGUUUGACCCCCAGCACAGCAUAUAGCCAGGUCUUGGUGGUACACGCCUGCAAUCCUAGCACCUGGGAGAUGGAAGCAAUGGGAAAUUCAUUCCCCUCUAUGGAGGAAGUUCAAGGACAGCCUGGGCUAUGUGAGACUCUAAGUCAAAACAAAAAGGAAAAUAAUAACAAAAUAAAAUAAUAAUCCAAAGUGUCCCCUUGCCCCUGAUCUCACUUCCAAAUUCCUUCGCUCUCACUGCAGAGCACCUGUCUAAGCCUUCUAGGCAGCCCAGGCCACAGGCGGCCUGUUUCCACCCUUCCUUCCCAGCCUCUCCGACCCCGUGUUCCCUCCACCCUGCAUUGCUUCUCUGCUGUUGUGGCAUGGUACUUGGUGACUGCCUGCCUCCUGUGACAAAGCAAGCUCCUAGUUGUAGGUGCUGCUCACACAUCCGCUUGCAUCCCCAGCUCCAAACCAAGCCGCCCUUUAAUAGGGCGUUUGCAUGCCUCUGAGUGUCGAGGGGUUUGGUUUGUCUUUGUUCCGGUUCUUUCAUAAACUGGUCUCGUUUCAGCUAACUAUGAAGUUAGCGCUCAAGGCCUGGGACAGAGAUGGACUGACAGUUUGCUUUCUCCC